AUGGUAGAAAAUCAGACUAAUUUUCCAGCAGAUGGUAGAGAAUCAAACGCCGAUGUGCGUUCGGAUGUGCACGCCGACAACAGUCUCUUCAGCACUCGGCGGUGUCCCCAGCAAUCACUGGCUGAAGGUCGAUGGAAAGAAUCGAAGAAAAAUGGGGAAAGGAUUCGAGAUGGAGAUGGAUAUCGAAUGAGAGCCGCUGGUGUAUGUUUGAGAGAAGAAGGGACUGAUGGAAUAAAGGUUCUUCUCGUGUCUGGCGGAAAAGACGGUAAACAAUGGGUGGUGCCCGGAGGCGGAAUUGAAAGAGAUGAACAGCCAGAUCAAGCUGCAACACGAGAACUCGAAGAAGAGGCCGGUGUACGGGCACAAACUAUCGAAAAAAUCGGCAUCUUUCAGGAUGACAACAGAAAACACCGAACCACCGUUUUUCUGAUGCGAGUCCAAGAGGAGUUGAAUGUUUGGGAGGAUGGGCAAAGGGGUCGCCGACGCGAGUGGAUGAGUCUAACGGUGGGAAUCGAGGUGGUCAAGGACUCACAAAGGGCAAUCCUACGAGCGGUCAUGCAGCAA